GAAAAUACCGACAGGACUAAAGCAAAGAAGAAAAACCAUGGAAUCGAGACAGUUAUUCCUACUGAUAUUGCUGGUAGAUACGGGGUAUGGUUUAGGAGGAGGGUGUAUAUUAGAUGGGCUAGGUGAGGAGUAUUCGCCCGAAGCAACAGCGUUAAGAUACAAAGAGAAGAUAUUUAUCGGAUCUGGUCCAGUCCAAGGAGUCCAUCUCUCUCUUGCCGGUACUAAUCAGAUGAGAAUCACGUGGUUAAAUCCAACCCCAUUUCAAAAUAAAACUUUCAAACCAAUGUGCUAUUUUGGAAAUCAACCUAGUAACACAAGUGUAGAAUCGUAUGGUAAAGCAUACAGUUAUCCUGAUGGUAUGUUUGAUCUGACUCUGAACAGUGCUCUGCUGGACCUUGGAGCUUUGACUGAAGAAAUGGUGUUCUACAGAUGCGGUGAUUCUCAAGACGGUUUCUUCAGUCCAAUUUACAACUUUACUUUACAGUCUACAAACAUCACCAACAGUCGCAAGUCUUUAAGGUUUAAAUCCAUGAAUAGGUUUUCCAAACUAAGUAAUCCAUUCGAUCCAAUAUUCGAUCCAGCAGAACCACUGAUAGCCGUGAUCGGAGACCAUGGGGUAAAGCGAGGUUCAGACACAGCUACCAGUAUUGCUGGACAUGUGAAAAAUGAUGAUGUUCAGUUGAUUGUCCAUGUUGGGGAUAUUUCUUACGCUGACAAAUACGGAAGCAAUAACAGCUAUAUUUGGGUGAGCUACAUGAACAUGCAAGAACCAGCCACAUCUUUGGUGCCUUAUAUGACAACUGUCGGGAAUCACGAGAGACAAUUCCAAUUUGCUGCUUAUCUCAACUGGUUAGGUUACUCCAUGCCAACGUCUGGUAGUGGCUCUAAUUUCUGGUAUUCAUUUGAUUAUAUGGGUAUUCAUUUUGUGGCAUAUUCAUCCGAACACGAUCUGACUCCGAACUCAACCCAACAUACGUGGAUGGCACAGGAUCUAGUGAAAGCAAACGGAAAUCGGGAAACUGUUCCUUGGAUCAUUGUAUAUGGACAUCGACCACUCUAUUGUACUUCCUUGAUAUGUGCUGAAAGAUGCCUUGAUGAAGCUCCUGUAUUUAGAGCAGAUCUUGAAGAUCUUCUGUAUCAGCAACACGUCGACGUAGUGUUUCAUGGGCACAAUCAUCAAUAUGAACGAUCGUAUCCAGUAUACAAAGAAAAGGCUGUACAGAAAGAUUACAUCAAUCCUAAAGCACCCGUUUAUAUCGUUGAUGGAGCCGCAGGUAAUCCUGAACUGAAUGAUCCUUCUUUUAGACCAGGUGUUGAAUGGAGAGCUUUUGAUGACCCCACCUUCUAUACAGGCUAUGUUUUGAUGCAGCCAUCUCCAACAGAAUUAAAGUUUCAAUAUAUCAACAGCAAUAAAAAGGAAGUAGUGGACCAAUUUGUGAUCAGUAGAACCAAUUGACAAUUAAAUUUCCUCAAGACACUUCACAGUUGGUGCUCAAAAGUUUUGAGGUCUUUGUCAUAUUUUUUGGGGUUAUAAAGGAGACUUAUAAGAUAAUAUAAAUUAUCACAUACUGUGAUCUAGUCUGGAGCUUACAUCCGGAUAUAUUUUAGAUUGAUAAAGUCGUCUAAUUAUUUGCAGUAAUGAUUGAAUUAACUUUAUGUCAGCUACCAGUAGGGGCUUUUUACAAUGAAAUAGUGCUAUCACAGUAGUCAUUCAGAUAAAUUUCAGAUAAUAAGUCUAAUUCUUUCAUUCUGAGAAGCAGUACAAUUACUAAUAAUUAUAUAUUCCUUCAAGACACGCAAUAUUUGUGCAGAAAGUUUGUGACGGACAGAAAAUGUUAUUUUUUUAAAAAAACUCAACUCAAACUCAUUUAUCUUAUUUAUUUAUUAUUCGACCAAUAAAUGGUUUUGUUCUU